CUGUAUAUACAUACAUGUGCAUUCGAUCAUUUUCACUUCAGAUAUUUGUGGACGUUCAUCCGGGAUUAUUGAUGCUGAGAGAGAGCCUAAUUGUUGGUGCAUUCGAGCUUUUGUGGCCGCAGAAGAUGCAGCACGAGAAUGUGGGUAUGGAGAGGGAGGAGGCGUUGAGCAUCUGAAAGACUUUAAUGAACGCUGUCAGUGUCUUUGAAAGCGAAAUAGUCAGAGGCACAGGAAGAAUGCGGUGGAAAGUGCUGUGCUUUUAAUAUUUUCAUGUUGGAGGCACAUAGACGGCAUGUGCUGACUUCAAGUGAUGAUGAUUACUAUCUAGCAUCCCAGAAAAGGAAUCUCCCCAUUGUCUUCAGAUCCUGCGUUCGCCUGCAGCUGGUCCCUUCAUUUUGUUGAGGUUGAAUAUGUAGAUCUUGGGGUUUUUUUUUUUCUUCCUCCCCUAGUUGCCUAGACAAUCGUUUGCUCUGUUAGACAAUGUCUGGCUCUCGCAAGGACUUUGAUGUGAAGCAGAUACUAAAAAUCCGAUGGAGGUGGUUUGGUCACCAAACAGCACCUGUCAGUGCCGCCCAGCAAGGAGACUUUUUGAGUGGUGGUCAGAGCUCGGGGGGUGAGGACAGAAAGUUUUUGGACUCAAGUAACCUUCCUUUGCCCUUGCCAUCAGUAGAAUACAGGAGAAACAUCAAACAGGGCUACCAACAUUUGCUUCCAUGCACCAUGGCAUCUUCAUUUGAGCCCGCUGCCUCCUCAGCCGAACUUGCAGCAGGUGCCUCUGAAGCAGGACAUUGUCUUAACAAACCAGAAACGGAAGAUGGUGGCAGUGAGGAGGACAUUAACUCAGAAAGCAGUUCAUGCAGGACCUCAAACAGCAGCCAAACGUUAUCUUCCUGCCACACAAUGGAGUCCUGUGCCCCAGAUGAGUACUUCCAGUCCCUCAACCAUGCCGAGCAGACCUUUAAGAAGAUGGAAAACUACUUGCGGCACGAACAGCUCUGUGAUGUCAUCCUGAUCGCUGGCGAUCGGAAAAUCCCUGCACACAGGUUGGUUCUGUCCUCUGUAUCGGAUUACUUUGCAGCAAUGUUUACCAGUGACGUCAGAGAAGCGAAGCAGGAGGAAAUUAAAAUGGAGGGUGUCGAACCCAACGCUCUUUGGGCCUUAGUUCAGUAUUCAUAUACAGGUCGUCUGGAGUUAAAAGAAGACAACGUUGAGAGUCUCCUGUCCACUGCUUGUCUCCUGCAGUUGUCUCAGGUUGUGGAGGCUUGUUGUAAGUUCCUAAUGAAGCAGCUUCAUCCUUCCAACUGCCUUGGUAUCCGCUCUUUUGCUGAUGCCCAAGGAUGUGCUGAUUUACUUAAAGCGGCUCACUGUUACACAAUGGAACAUUUCAUGGAAGUAAUAAGAAAUCAAGAGUUUCUAAUGUUGCCUGGGACAGAAAUUGCCAAACUACUAGCAAGUGAUGAUAUGAAUAUUCCUAAUGAAGAAACCGUUCUGAAUGCUUUGCUGACCUGGGUCCGGCACGAUGUAGAGUCGAGAGGAAGAGAACUUAGUAAGCUGCUGGCUUAUAUCCGCUUGCCUCUGUUAGAGCCACAGUUUCUUGCAGACAUGGAGAAUAAUGCACUAUUCAGGGAUGAUAUUGAGUGCCAGAAACUAAUUAUGGAAGCCAUGAAAUACCAUUUAUUGCCUGAGAGGAGGCCUAUGUUACAGAGCCCUCGUACAAAACCCAGGAAGUCUACUGUAGGGAUGCUGUUUACUGUCGGUGGGAUGGAUGCCACAAAAGGAGCUACUAGUAUUGAAAAGUAUGAUCUGCGGACUAACAUGUGGACCCCAGUAGCAAACCUGAAUGGCCGGAGGCUGCAGUUUGGUGUUGCAGUGUUGGAUGACAAGCUGUAUGUUGUCGGAGGGAGGGACGGACUGAAGACACUGAAUACUGUUGAGUGUUAUAAUCCUAAAACCAAAACGUGGAGUGUCAUGCCUCCCAUGUCUACGCAUCGCCACGGUCUGGGUGUGGCUGUUUUAGAAGGUCCCAUGUAUGCUGUUGGUGGCCAUGAUGGUUGGAGCUACCUCAACACGGUGGAACGAUGGGAUCCUCAGGCCAGGCAAUGGAACUUUGUUGCAAGUAUGUCAUCUCCAAGGAGCACUGUUGGUGUAGCGGUCUUGGGUGGAAAGCUUUUUGCAGUCGGUGGUCGGGAUGGAAGUUCUUGCCUAAAGUCUGUAGAAUGCUUUGAUCCUCACACCAAUAAGUGGACCUUGUGCUCACAGAUGUCCCAAAGAAGAGGGGGAGUUGGGGUAGCCACAUGGAAUGGUUUCUUGUAUGCGAUUGGUGGACAUGAUGCCCCAGCUUCGAAUUUAACAUGUCGACUUUCAGACUGUGUAGAAAGGUUUGAUCCCAAAACAGACACGUGGACCUCGGUGGCCUCCAUGAGCAUUAGCAGGGAUGCAGUCGGUGUCUGUCUGUUGGGCGACAAACUGUAUGCUGUAGGUGGAUAUAAUGGGCAGAGCUAUCUCACUAAUGUGGAGGCUUAUGACCCACAAACAAAUGAAUGGACACAGGUUGCACCAUUGUGCCUUGGUAGAGCUGGGGCGUGUGUUGUCACCGUGAAGCUAUAGCGCUCAAGUCUUAUAUGUUACCUGCACAGACUGUCACAAUCCCAAAGAGCUACACAAUGACGACUUAUUUAUAGAGCAUAUGGCUUUAUUAUGGAUGGAUACUACUAUUAUUUAUCACAAGUUAUUGCGUUCUACCUGCACGCUUUAUGGAUGUUGAGAGAGUAUUUAACUCAUUAUAUCGGACCAACGUACAGAGAUGUUUUAUACAUGUUAAGGCAGAUUUGCAGGUCAAACCGUGGAACCAGUCUUGUACUGAUCUAUCAAAAGCAGAAUAUUGAAGUAUGUUAUUACUUUUACUAUGUCUUCUAUCUACACAGUCACGUGCAAAGCUAUCGCUUCUUGCGGAAUCAAAGCAAGUGCAAUCAGGGCUCCUGAAGGUUUGUAGGGGCCCACAUUAGGAUUGGUGAUCCCCAGGACACUAAGUGCACAUGGUAUGCUAAGGAACAAUGGCAAAGAGUGAAAACUGAAGGAAAAAACUGUUUUACCUGGUGGUGUUAAUUAUUUGUUUGCCUUUAUUUGACCAAAGUGUUUUUCUUUUCUUUUUUAAUUCCUAAUUUGUGAUUUUCACAGAUCAAUGUUUUAUGAAAUAUGUGGUUGAAUGUCAUCCCUUGGAAUUUCACGGUAAUUGUUAAAACCAAAACCCAAAAGGUAUAAAUGUGCAGUAGACCGAAACCGAAAGAGGCCACAUGAAUUAAAGGGGUUUUUCUGGAUUUUAAUAUAGAUGACCAAUCCUCAGAAUAGGCCACUAAUAUGUAAUCAGCAGGGAUCCGUCGCUCCACACCUCCACUAUCACCUGUUUUGUGGUAGCUCAGGUGCUAGACCUAGACGAAGCUGGUAACUGCAGCUCUGCUCCCAUUCACUCAAUAUGUACUUCUGGAUCAGACUUCCGACACCCAAGCUACCUCAGAAUAGCUUAUUAGUUGGGAUGUCGGACCCCCACUGAUCAGAUACUGAUGGCCUAUCAAGAGGAAAGGCCAUCUCUAGUAACAUCCAGAAAAAAGCCUACAAGGAGAAUUGCUAAGGUCUCCUGUAACCAUAUGGUUUUGCACACCAGGGGACUGCACACAUUGACCUGUUAAUAGUACCAAAGCUGUAGCCAGAAAAUGGAAGUAGACUCCAGUAGAAUGAAGUAGGAAAAUAUUUUCAAAUGUAAGGGGUUGUCCCAUGAACAUUUAUCCACAGGAUAAAUGAUGAACGUAGGUUCGCUGAAGGUCUGACCUCUGGUACCCCCACUGAUCAAAAGAACGGGGCUCCUUUUCUAGUUUGAAUGGUAUGGUCUACGCAUGCGUGGUCACCAGUCCAUUCUCUUCUAUGGGACUGCUGGAGAUAGCUGAGCAUUGUACUUGGCAGUCCUGUAGACAGAGAAUGGAGCUGAAGUCAUGCAUGCAAACUACCUCUCCAUUCACACAGGGGACUGAGGGACACCCAUAUUCCUGUUCGAUGGUGAGCCUCCCCUUGAUCAUACAUUUAUCACCUAUCCUGUGAAUAGGUGAUAAAUGUUUGUGGGGGUGAUCCACUGUCCUAGAAAAAUAAGCUGAGCUCCUGACUUGGCCCAGUUAAAACCUUUGAAACAUGCACUACUAUACUGAGUAUUUCCAAAGAUGGACCUGAACCUAAGAAUAUUUUAUAAUUUCACAAGAAUAGAUCCAGUAACUGCAUAUUAGAGAUGUUUGUUAUAUAUAACGUGUAACGUAUGUUGAGGCUGUAGGCUAGAAGCUAUGCCAUAAAGAGGAGCUGUUGGCUUCUAUACAUUCAGUCCUUUGCCAUAUUCUCCCAAGAUUGCAUUACAUUAGUAAGUAGACAUUAAAUUUGUAUAAUUAUUUAAAGAGGUGGUCCACUCGUUUACAAGUGAUUGCCUAUCAGUAGAGAUGGAAGUCAGUUCCAGAACUACACAGCGCAGCAGAUCGCUGAUGAUUUGCUGCCCAGAAACGAUAGUUUACUUGCCUGCAAGAAUGACAGGUUCACCCGAUGAAUUAGCGUUUUGCUCGGGUGAUUGGCUGCAUCUUUAGGCGGGCAGGUUGUUAGAAACGAGCGUUCGCAGGAAGGUUCAUCCCCGAUAAUCUGCCCAACUAUCGGGCUGUGCAGUAUGCAUGGGUAGCGAUUAGUUAUUCACUUAGCAUAGGGUAAUGAUUGCAUACUUUUACAGGGAAAAGUGAUUUAUAAUAGCAGAGGAUAGGAAAUCUGUACUGAUUAGUUGAACACAUUGCUGAAUGAAGAAGAUUGGUGGCAGUAGUGCCAUCACUUUGUGUGACCAAGAUGGUCCGUGUCCCAGAUUGGAUAAGGCCUAAUUAAAAUAGUUGGCAGAUGACAUGUACGCUGGCUCUCCUCCACCAUCAGCCUGCCUCAUCAUACUGCUGUCUUAUUUUUGUCCUUAUUUCAUUAGAAAGCGUGCAUUAUCUCCAGGGUAUCUUAUGUUUUAUUAAAGGGAUUCUGUCACCAGAUUUAACCCUAUUAAGCUA